UCACGGGCCUCUCGAUUCGAUCCAAUCAACAGCACCACACUUCACAAGACCGCUGUCGGGUUACCCGGCUCCUUUAACACCCGUACAUCCAACGGUCCCAAACUCCCAAUCAUGCUUUAAGCCUCAACCCUAAACGUUUUUCCUCUUGAAGCCUCUCCUCUCUCGCACAAAAGCCCCUUUACCAAAUACACACACUACUUCACUAAUUGCUCUCUCCAAGGUCUGAUGUCUUCAACACCAAACCAUCAAAAUUUUUUAUAUCUUGAACAAAUGCCAGGUGGUCCAGGGUCUAGUGCUCGGAGCAGCGUGAGAGUUGUGGUGGUUGGCGACCCAGGCACGGGAAAAUCUAGCCUUAUAUCUGCUGUUGCCUUCGGAACGGUCCCGAAGAAGGUCCCUCCAGUUCAUCCUCCCACGCGCCUCCCUCCCGGUUUCUACCGCGAUCGCGUCCCUGUAACCAUCAUCGAUAUAAAUUGAUCCAGUUAAGGGGAUAAUUUUUAUGCUAUUUAGAUUUAGCUAUCUCCGGAACAAAUGAAAUUAACCCCCGAAUUAAUAUAAAACGUUUUUCCAUUUUAGUUUCAUGGGUUUAAUGGAUCAAGCCAACAUGCUCACGGGCCUCUCGAUUCGAUCCAAUCAACAGCACCACACUUCACAAGACCGCUGUCGGGUUACCCGGCUCCUUUAACACCCGUACAUCCAACGGUCCCAAACUCCCAAUCAUGCUUUAAGCCUCAACCCUAAACGUUUUUCCUCUUGAAGCCUCUCCUCUCUCGCACAAAAGCCCCUUUACCAAAUACACACACUACUUCACUAAUUGCUCUCUCCAAGGUCUGAUGUCUUCAACACCAAACCAUCAAAAUUUUUUAUAUCUUGAACAAAUGCCAGGUGGUCCAGGGUCUAGUGCUCGGAGCAGCGUGAGAGUUGUGGUGGUUGGCGACCCAGGCACGGGAAAAUCUAGCCUUAUAUCUGCUGUUGCCUUCGGAACGGUCCCGAAGAAGGUCCCUCCAGUUCAUCCUCCCACGCGCCUCCCUCCCGGUUUCUACCGCGAUCGCGUCCCUGUAACCGUCAUCGACACCUCUUCCAGGUUGGAGAAUAAAGGUAAAAAUAAUGAAAAAUUGAACAAUGCUGAUGCUGAAGAAUUGAAGAAGGCUGAUGCCGUGAUUUUAACAUAUGCAUGUGAUCAGCCCAUGUCUCUUUCUAGUUUGACUUCUUUUUGGCUUCCCCAGCUUCGAAGUUUAGAGGUUAAGGUGCCUAUUAUUGUUGCUGAGUGCAAGUCAGAUUUGCGAGGUGAUCCUUUUUCCGUGAACUUGAAGGAGAUGAUGGAACCGAUCACUGGACAGUUUAGGGAGAUUGACAUUUGUCUUCAAUGCUCUGCGAUUAAAAUGAUUCAGGUCCAUUACAUUUUCUAUUCCGCUCAGAAGGCAGUACUUCAUCCAGUAGAUCCAUUGCUUGAUCGUGAUUCACUACAUCUGAAACCACGAUUUGUCAGGGCAUUUAAAAGGAUAUUUUUUCUUUGUGACCGAGACAAGGAUGACGCCCUCAGUGAUGCAGAGUUUAAUGAUUUUUGGGUUAAAUGCUGUAAAGCUCCAUUGAAACCUACUGAAAUAGCGGCAGUGAAAAGAGUUGUACAAGAGAAGCAACAAGAUGGAGUCAAUGGUCAUGGUGUUACCUUUAAAGGAUUCAUCACUCUCCAAGCACUUUUCAUUGGAAAUGGGCGCCUUGAGACUACUUGGGGUGUCCUCAGAAAAUUUGGUUACGGCAAUGAUUUAGAACUAAGGGAUGAGUGUCUUCCUGUCCCACUUAAGCUUGCUCCUGACCAGAGUGUGGAGCUGGCAAGUGAGGUUGUGGAAUUUCUAUGUGGUAUCUUUGGAAUGUAUGACAAGGAUAAUGAUGGAGCUUUGAGCCCCGCUGAGCUUGAAGAUCUAUUUUCAACCGCACCAGAAAGUCCGUGGGAUGAAGCUCGUUACAGGGAUGCUGGAGAGAAAACAUCGCUGGGCAAUUUAACUCUUAAGGGUUUCCUAUCUGAGUGGGCCCUAAUGACACUACUUGAGCCACGUCGCACUUUGGCUUAUUUGAUAUACAUUGGAUAUCGUGGUGAUGCUGCCAAAGUGUUUCAUGUUACUAGGAGAAAAUCAGCAGAUCAUAAGGAGCAACUAACUGAAAGAAAUGUCUUUCGCUGCUUUGUUUUUGGCUCUAAAAUUGCUGGAAAGUCUGCAUUGUUGGAUUCAUUUUUGGGAAGGCCUUUCUCAGAAUAUUAUUAUCCAACAACUUCUGACCGAUAUGCAGCAAAUGUGGUCGACCAGUUUGGGGGAACUAAGAAGACACUUAUUUUGCAAGAAAUACCUGAAGAUGGAGUGAAAGAAGUUCUCUCUUAUGAGGAAUAUAUGGCAACCUGUGAUGUUGCUUUAUUCGUCUAUGAUAGUUCAGUUGAACAUUCAUGGAAAAGGACAAAGGAACUGCUGGUGGAGGUUGCCAGGCAAGGGGAAGUCAGCGGUCGUGGGGUGCCAUGCCUUCUUAUUGCAGCCAAGGAUGACUUGGAUCCAUGUCAAAUCACCGUACAAGAUUCAGCAAUGGUUAGUCAGGAGAUGGGAAUCAAGCCUCCUAUUCGUGUAAGCAUGAUAGUAGGAGAUUCCAAAAUUUUUUUCAGAAGAAUUGUGAGGGCAGCUGAACACCCUCAUUUGAACAUUCCUGAAACUGAGGUGGGGAAGGGUAGGAAGCGAUACCGCCAUCUUGUCAACAACUCACUUAUGUUUGUUUCUGGGUCUGCCGUUACUAUUGUUGGACUGGCAGCUUAUCGAGCCUAUGCUGCUAGGAGGAAUUCUAACUGAGUGUCAGGAGCGAAAGCUAUGUUUAGCAGGAAACUUUAAGAGGUAUUGGGGAUUUGGCCAUUAAUCAACUGCAUUUUGCUGUCUCGUCGAUCCCCAUAAAUGGUUGGUUCUUAAAGAGGUAGUGGGGAUGUCAUUGCCAUCAAUGGAUGUUAUCAUAGAAUGAAUUGUCGAAAGCUCCAUUUCUUCAAAGCUUUAAAGUUGCAAAACUGGAUUUAAUUGUAAUAAGCUCGUUUAAUCUAUUAGCAUAUGCUUCAAGAAUUGCGGGGAGUUGAAUGAAAAUAGCUUUCGGAUAUGGCAUGAAUCGUGAGAACCUCAGUUCACAGCUAGUUUGUCACAUAAAGAUUGGUUUGCUUAACCGCACAACUUGAAUUUUCCUUCUACAGCAACCUGCUCAAGAAUAUUAAUGGGUUGACUGUUAGAACCAUUCGGUUUCCUGUGACAAGGUUACCUAAGGAAAAAAGAUUAUGGCAGUUGAAGUAAACAUGAGCAUAUCACGAAAAAGUGUUGGAGUUCGAUAACAGUGGCGAUUCAUUCAUCGUAUAAUAACUAUUAUCAUGAGUGUCACAAGACCCGAAUCGAUUUUUAACAAAGGAGAUCACCAAAAUAUCCCACAAAGCAAACUACUGGGAAAAAAAAUCAAUAAUGGGCGGGCAGCCCAGAUCAAUGGGAGAAGACUAAAGAGUAGUACCUUGAAAGAAUCUUGGUGGCU